AUGGCAACGAAAAAAGAUUGUUUCGGUUCUUUAGAUGGUUUAAAUUCAAAUGCUACUUAUCACACCUUUUGCCAUCACUCUCAAAUGCGAUUAUCAGGAGAAGAGACAGCUACACUUUCAGGUGUAGCUACAUGUGAUGAUGCUGGAAUAUGUGUUCCAUUGAAUAAGCAACAACAGCAACAGCAGUUGGAAGCUUCCUACAGUAGUAUCUUCGCGUUCUGUACACCUAAACCUCCUCAAGACUGGGGUACUUCCUCCCUAAGUUCUACCAAUGCUGCUACUACUACGGUGUUUAUCAAAUAUUAUAACAUUCUUUGGUGUGAACGUAAAGACGGUUUAAGUCGAGACACGGAUACAGUGCUGAUCACUUAUAUAAACUCAAAGGAACAGAUACUCACUUUAGUAACCGAGAUCAGUAAUAUUCCUGAGGGGAAUGAGCCAGCGAAAUGGAUAAUGGAAAAGUCAUAUCCAAAUGGGCUCAUGAAAAUGUCGGCAUUGGUUCUUAUUAACCCUAAAGGUGGUAGAGGUAAAGCCGCCAGCAUAUACCAAAAGUCUAUUCUCCCAGUACUUAAUGCUGCCAAAGUUAACGUAGAAUAUGUGGAAACAAAAUAUUAUAGACAUGCAGUUGAUAUUGCUCGGGAAUUGGAUAUUGAAAAGUAUGAUAUAAUUUUGUGUUGUUCAGGGGAUGGGAUUCCUCACGAAGUUAUAAACGGCUUUUAUCAACGUGAGGAUAAGGGUGUCUCUGCCUUUAACAAGCUAAUUAUCACACAACUACCAUGUGGUUCCGGUAAUGCUUUAACAUUGAGUACACAUGGGAGUAUUAAUCCAGUUGUAUCCACUUGGAGAAUGUUAAAGGGGACAAAGGCAAAGCUUGAUUUAAUGGGCUUUACUCAAGGAUCAGGCUCUGAGAAGAGAACAAGUCUAUCGUUUUUAAGUCAGUGCUAUGGUGCCAUAUCUGACUCAGACAUUGGUACAGAACAUCUUAGAUUCUUGGGUGCCGUUAGAUUCGAAUUAGGUGUGACCCAGUAUGUCCUUUCAAGAAGAGUUUAUCCAUGCGAUGUGUAUGUCGAUUAUUUUGUUGAACCCCAUGGGAUGAAAGAGCAUUUUCAGAACCAUCUUAGUGGGUCGAAUCUGUCCAUACUACCUACAGUUACAAGAGAAUCCUUAUCCCCCAAGUUUGACGAUUUAGAAUCUCCUCCCCCUACCAAUUGGGUAAAGAUUGACGAUGCGUUGACCUCCAAAUUGAAUAUCUUCUAUAUUGGUAAAAUGCCAUACGUCUCAGCAGAUACACAGUUUUUCCCCGCUGCAUUACCAAAUGACGGAGCCAUGGAUCUUGUAAUAACUACUACAAACUCGUCCGUUAUGAGUUUGGCUAAAAUUCUUACCCUGCUUGAUACCGGUACACAUGUUGAUCAUGAUGAGGUACUUCACGCAAAGGUGAAAGCUUAUCGUCUUGUACCACGAAUUCCCAAAAGUGACAAAACAAAGCACUACCUUUCAAUUGAUGGUGAGGACUUUCCAUUCGAACCAUUUCAGACAGAAGUUUUCCCUUCAGUAUUAACUAUUCUUUUACAAGAGGGAGAAUAUGUUGAAACUUCUUUUAAAAAGAAUUAG